AUGAGUCUCGUGAUUAGUUUACAUGCUGUUUCGCUUGGCUACUUCAAUAUGCUAGCUUUCUCUUCUUUCCUUGUUUUGGUUUUCUUUUGCUUCUUUCCAUUUUAUGUUUUCUUUUUAAAUAUCCUCUUUUUUUUUCUUUAUCUUUUGUUUUCUUUCCUUUUUCUUCCUUCUUUUCCUUCUUUCUUCUUUCUUCUUAAAUAUUUACUUUCACUUAAAUAUACACUUUUCUUUCCUUUUUUUUUCUCUCUAUUUUUUAUUUCCUUUUUCUCUUCUCUUUUCUUAAAUAUUCACCUUUUGUUUGUCUUUUUCUUUCAUUACUUUCAGCUGCUUUUUCAAGUUUUCAUUUUUCAUCUUCCAUACUCUUCUUCUUCAUUCUUCUUCUCCUCCUCCUACUCUUCUUCUUUUUCAUCUUCUUAUUCUCUUUCUGCUCUUUCUUUCUUUCUUUCUUUUCUUCUUCUUCUUCUUUUCCUCCUCCUUCUUCUUCUCCUCCUCCUUCUUCUUCUUCUCCUCCUCCUACUCUUCUUCUUCUUCUUUUUCAUCUUCUUAUUCUCUUUCUGCUCUUUCUUUCUUUCUUUUCUUCUUCUUCUUCUUUUCCUCCUCCUUCUUCUUCUCCUCCUCCUCCUCCUUCUUCUUCUUCUUCUUCUUACCUCUGACAUGUUCCGCCGUAAUUUCUUCCUUCGAUUCCUGAUUUUUUUCAUCUUCUUCUUCUCUUUCUUUCUUUCUUUCUUUCUUUCUUUCUUUCUUUCUUUCUUUCUUUCUUUCUUCUCCUCCUUCUCAUUCUUCUUCUUCUUCUUCUUCUUCUUCUUCUUCCCUCUGACAUAUUGUUUUUCUUCACUCAUUCUUUCUUCCUUAUUUUUCUUCUUUUCUUUUCCCUUUUUAUUCCCCCUCAUUGUUAAUUCUACCCCUUUGUUGUCUUCCUCUCCGCUCGUCUACUCCUUAUUCAGCUUUUGCCUUCUCCAUCGAGUCAUUCUCUCUCCUCCUAUUCAUCUUAUCUUUUCGUUUUCCUUCUGUGAUUCUCGUCGUCGAGGUUUCCUCAAAACUCUCCCCCUCCACUCUUCAUUCUCGAGACUGUUUUUGUCUCCCCUUCCCGAUGCUGACGUUGGGCAGUUAUUUUAG